AUGCCACGAAACCGCAGCAGCGGUGAUGACGGCGGCGGCGGCGGCAAACGCGGCGGCCGCUAUGCCGCUGUGGUGGAGAAGGGUGAGAAUGCGUGGAAGCGGGAGUGGAGCAGCUUCAUGUCCGGCGUGAAUCUCAAGCGGCUGCGGGAUGGCACCAGCGGCGUGACGCUGAAGGCCUCCGCCGACAUUGAGCGCCAGCUGGUAGCGCGUGAGGCAGCGCCAUCGUCCUCAUCAGUUGCUGGUGAGCACGACAACGGGAACGACGUGGAAGUGAACGCUGACGGCAUCCCUCUGGGGGCGAUCGCCAGCCAUGCCAGCUUCUCAUACCUGUUCUCCUCCCCAGCUGAGCGCCGCGCCGAGCGAGACGCGCGCGAGCGGGCGGAGGCGGAACGCCGCCAGGCCCACAAGCGCGAGCUCAUGGCCAAGAAAGACCCCUUGAGCGUGUUGAGCAAGCAUCAGCGCGCCAUGCACAACGCCGAGCAACGUGGGCUGCAGCUCGACGGCAUGACGCGGAAGGAGCGGCGUAGCUUUCUUCACCUGACUGUGACGGAGGCGCAGAGGAAGGCAGAGGAGCAGUCGCGCGAGUUCAAGCUGCAUGACCUAAUGGAUGAGAAGCUGGCUUGGUACCAGCAAGGACCGCACCCAAUCGACCUCAUCGCCGAGAAGCUGGUUCGCCGCAAGGCAGAGAAGAAGGGAAAGCAGCUGGGGCUAAAGUACAACUACCUGGCCCCGCACCCGUCCUGGCUUGCGAAGCGUGCGCAGCGCCGUCGCGAGAGCCUGCUCGUCGGUCUCGGCAAGCGUCUCAUCUUUUUGGAGAGGGUGACCGGCGAGGACAAGGACGACGCUACAACUGUCCCAUCGAGCGAAGUUAUGGUGACGGACCCGCUGCACCAUCUAACAGUGCCAUUGAGCGAAAUGGGGCGGCUGCUCGGGCAGCACGGUUCCGCGUCGCUAUCUGCAGCAGCAGCAGCAGCAGCGGAUGCGGAUGCGUUGGUGACGGCAGCAGCUGGUAGCAGCAGCGGCGAUGACAUUGAAGAUGUGAAGGGUGCGGACGAGGAGGGGGCGCAGCACUUGGGUGGUGAAGUCGACCGCGGGCACCGAGGUGACGUCACGGCCGCUCGGAAGAAGGCUGUGUCUGCUUCAUCUGCUGCCUCCAGCGCUGGGGGAUGUAGUAGCGCCUCUCCAGGGAAGCGCGCUAGUGGCGAGGCAGGCGAUGACGGCGUCGGCAAUGACGCGGCACAAAUGCGACUGCCGGAUGUCGUGGUGCUGCAAGAUCCGUCCCGCAUCGCCACAUCGCUUGUGCGCACCGUGGCACGGGAUCGCACGACGGCGUUGGCGAUCCAGCAAAUAAACCGCACGACGAACUUCCUGAGCUCGGGAUUGGUGAAAGGCCCCAGUCUACGCCCGGAGGAUGCGCUACCGGGCAACGGUCUUUCCCCGCGAGGGCUCGGCGCAGCUCCGGCAGCGGCGGCGUUGACACCCUCGCCGAAGAGCAGCAUGGUCGCCGCAUCGAUGCAGGAUUCCGCCGCAAACAGCACCAAAGGUGCUGCGACCACCUCGAGGGGGGCCUCUGCCGCCGGCAGAGGCCGCAGGCGCGUGCGUGUAGCGGAUGGUGAGGAAGAGGGCGGCGAGCGUCGUCGGCACCGUCGCGGCGCGGACGUGAGUGCCGGGGAGUCGCAGACCAAAACGUCAAAGCCCACCGCAUCGCCGUCUCCACGCCCGCGCGGCGCGCGCCCCCCCCCCACACACACACACGAGCUCCGUGACAUCACCAGCCGCAGCGGCCCUUCGAAAAGCCAAGGCGGUCAAGUAAGCUCGAGCAAGACGAAGAGACAGCGAGCGAACAGCAGAUACGAUUGA